GUCAUGCGGUUUUAACAUUCGAUAGGCGUAUAAUUUUAAUUGCUUUCGUCCAGAGUUCGCUCAAAAAUUUAUUGAUACAGGAUGUCGGUGCUCUUAGUUUACAAAGAAGUGAACAGCAAUACGCUACGAAAGAAAUUCCUUUGAUUUUUUGUAUUAGUAAAAGUGUGAUACCGGCUUUUUCUAAAAGAAAUAUUUUAUAGUGUUUGCAAUUUAAUGCAAAGUUGAGGAUUAAAAAUCGCUGAAUAAUGUUCUCUUUUUCGGAGUUGGCAUAUGAAGAAAUCUGCGAAAAAAACUAUUUUUCAUGGUCUAUAAAUAACUUCAGUUAUUGUUGGCAAAAGACAGGUGAAGCUCUUAUCAGUCCGUCUUUCACUUUGAACAAGACUGAAGAAACCAGAUGGAAAUUAUUAUUGUUUCCACGUGGACGUGUCCAUGAUAGCAGCUUAACUUUAUGCCUGCAAAGAGAAAAAAUCUGCCAUGUUGUUGAAAAAGCCGAAUUAAAAUAUCGUAUUUACUUCUUCACAGCUGAUGGCGCCCUAAUGUAUGCAAGUGCAAUAAACGAUUCAUCCGAUGAAAUUAGCGUAGAAAGGAAUGUAUUUUCUAGAGAGAAAAAGGAUUAUUUUUCUGGUGACAUAUUGACAUUACGUUGCAUAUUUUACUUUGCAGAGAAAUCAGUGGAAAUCAGACAACAAAUUGUCCGAAGUAUCAUUUAUGUAGAAAACUUGUCUUUUGUGUGGUUUAUAGAAAAAUUCAGCCGUUUAACAACCGAUGAUAUUAAAACCUUUGAAAUUAAGUCUCCAGCCAAUCAAGUUAUGACUAAAAUUAAUCUUUUUCAUACUGAAGCACAGUAUUCUGAAGCGAACCUUUUCACGAGCAUCUGUCCUAUUGACCAGAGCAUGAAAUAUUUCACUGUGAAGAUUUUUUUAAUAGAUUCUAAGAAACGUGAAGUGGAUAUAGGAGCAUUUGAUUGUUGGUUUGAUAAUGGGAAAUAUUCAACGUUUCCAUGUAAGCUCAAGAAAAGUGACCUAAUAAACCAUAAAAAUCGUUAUUUGCCAAAUGAUAUCUUAACCCUGCGAUUUGAACUAAUUAUUUCUACUGGACUUGCUGUCGAAGCUGUUGAAAAAGUUGUUAGUGAUUAUACUUCAUUAACUACGAAUGAAGUAACUCAUAGCUGGCAAAAUAGCAUUACUCAAGAAAAGAUAUUUCAUAAUCCAUGCUCGUUAACAUCUGAUUUAAUGUCAUUAUACACAGAGCAAAGCUUAUGUGAUAUGAAACUCCAAACAAAAACAAAUACAUUUCCUGUCCAUACUUCAAUUCUUGGUGCAAGGUCUCCAGUAUUUAAAGCAAUGUUUUCUAGCGAAAUGAAGGAAAAGAUAAAUGGAAGCGCUGACGUCUCUGAUUUAGACGAUGAAACAGUUCGUCGCUUGCUCUUGUACUUUUACUCUGACAAGCUGGAAGAUCUGAAUUGGAAUGUUGCUUUCCAAUUGUACAAGGCCGCUGACAAGUAUUCUGUGAUUUCAUUGAAAGAAAAGUGCUCUUUCUUUAUGAAGAGCAAUCUACAUCUUGAGAACGUAUGCGAUGCUCUAAUACUUUCAGAUUUGCACCAGGACAAGGAUCUGAAGGUAACUGCUCAGCAAUAUAUUUUGAAAAACGCGAAAGAGAUAUUGAAAUCUGAAGAAUGGAAACUUUUGGUGGAUGCAUAUUCGAAAUUAGCUGUAGAAACAAUGAGUCGAAACUGGAUUGAUGAUUAGAUAGAAAUAUGGAUUUACAUGGUUAUUAAGAAAAAGAAGCAAAAUUUUUUGAAACUUUGAAAACAGGCAUGCAUCGAAAUUUACACUCUACUUGUGAGGAAUGAAAGUAUGAACGUUUAAAGGCAUUGGCUACAAGCAAAUGUCUCGCAAUUUUCCACGUUCUCCACAUAUGAAUAUCUUUAUGAAGUACUAAAAGACGUAAAAUUACUCAAUAAAAGACGUAAAUGUUAAUACUACCAUUUUAAGACUUUUACUUAACUUACCGUGUUUCAUAAUAAAAAAGAAUGGAAUUUUAUUGUCUCUUUUAGUUUUACUUCUUAAAUUAUCAAGCUCUGAAAGUUUUAUUCAAUAGUAAUUAUAACUAUUGUUAGAUUUUCAGAUAUUAAUUAGUAAAAUAAUAAUAUAGAGUUAUUAAUGUAAUAAUAUAUAGUUAAUAACCACUAACUUCGAUUAGUGAAAAAUUCAAUGGAUUUUGAAAAAUAAAAUGUAGGGUGUCAUUUACAAAUGAUUUUGAAAAACAGUUAUUAUAAAUUAUA